UGUGCAGCCGGUGCUGUCUGUGCUCAUGCCCAUAACAGAGCAACAAUGCCAGACUGGACUCCAGCCCGGCUUAAGUUCUUGGAGGGCAGAAAUGCGCUGAAGCUGCUGCGUGGAUCCUGCAUUCAUUAAUUCAGUGAAGUCUCGCGGUGUUCACGCAAGCUCUCAGACAUCUUGCGUUUGUCAGACCGCUACGAAUCUGCUCCGAAGCCCAUCCAGCACUGCUCGAUCGCCGUCACUCACUUCUUCACAUGCGGCGCUGAACGGAGUUUGCGCGCUCGAGACACUCCGGAGAGGAUCGCGUGCGGCGUUAUUUCCCAAUUGUGCGUCAUUUCUGCCUUUCUGCGUUUCUUCCACUCAGUCAAUAUGGCAACACCCGCCGCUGUGAACCCAUCGGAAAUGGGCACGGAUCUGCCGGGACCAGUAGUCAUGCCAGGCGCUGUGGUGGGCACGGGUCAGGUCAGGAUGGCGGGCGCCAUGCCAGGGCGAGGAGGCAAGCGGAGAUCAACGGGGAUGGACUUUGAUGAGGAGGACGGAGAGGGACCCAGCAAAUUUUCAAGGUAUGACGAUGAUCAGAUUCCCGGUGAUAAGGAGCGAUAUGCCAGAGAGAACCACAGUGAGAUUGAGCGUCGCCGGCGUAACAAGAUGACCCUGUACAUCACAGAGCUGUCGGACAUGGUGCCCACCUGCAGCGCGCUAGCGAGGAAACCAGACAAGCUCACCAUCCUGCGCAUGGCCGUCUCACACAUGAAGUCCAUGAGGGGAACGGGUAACAAGUCAACUGACGGCGCUUACAAACCCUCCUUCCUGACUGAACAGGAACUGAAGCACUUGAUUCUGGAGGCGGCUGACGGCUUCCUGUUCGUGGUGGCGGCCGAGACGGGUCGCGUUAUCUACGUAUCAGAUUCUGUCACUCCUGUUCUGAACCAGCUGCAGUCCGAGUGGUUUGGCAGCACGCUCUUUGAGCAGGUCCAUCCGGAUGACGUGGACAAACUGAGGGAACAGCUGAGCACAUCUGAGAACUCAAUGACAGGACGUAUUCUGGACCUGAAGACUGGGACAGUGAAGAAGGAAGGACAGCAGUCCUCUAUGAGAAUGUGUAUGGGCUCUAGACGUUCCUUCAUCUGCAGAAUGAGGUGUGGCAGUGCUCCACUGGAUCAUAUUUCACUGAAUCGGUUGUCCAGCAUGAGAAAGAGAUACAGGAAUGGUCUUGGCCCAUCUAAGGAGGGGGAGGCGCAGUACUCUGUUGUGCACUGUACCGGCUACAUCAAGGCCUGGCCGCCAGCGGGUAUGACCAUCCCGGAUGAAGAUACAGAAGCAGGUCAAACCAGCAAAUACUGCUUGGUUGCGAUUGGAAGACUGCAGGUGACCAGUUCUCCAGUUUCCAUGGAUAUGAACGGACUCUCUGUGCCGACGGAAUUCCUUUCCCGCCACAACUCAGAUGGCAUUAUCACUUUCGUGGACCCUCGCUGCAUCAACGUGAUUGGCUACCAGCCUCAGGUCAUUCUUCGCAAAGUGGUCAAGCUGAAAGGGCAGGUUCUCUCGGUCAUGUAUCGGUUCCGGCUGAAGAACCGAGAGUGGAUGCUCAUCAGAACCAGCAGUUUCACCUUCCAGAACCCUUAUUCAGACGAGAUUGAGUACAUCAUCUGCACCAACACCAAUGUCAAGCAGCAUCAGCAGCAACAGCAGGCCGAACUGGAGGUUCACCAGAGAGAUGGACUGACUGCUUAUGACCUGUCACAGGUGCGCGCCCUGGAUCACAUAAUGUUUGUGUGUGUGUGUGUGUGUGUGUGUUUCAGCUCAUCUGUGAUCCACGUCCCAGGAGUCAAUGACAUCCAGUCCACAGCCGGUUCAGCUGGACAGAACAUGACCCAGAUCUCCCGACAGAUCAACGCCGGCCAGGUGUCGUGGACAGGAAGCCGACCUCCCUUCUCCGGCCAGCAGCAGAUUCCCGCUCAGUCCAGUAAGGCCCAGUCCUCACCGUUCGGCAUCGGCUCCAGCCACAGCUACCAGGCCGACCCGUCCUCUUACAGCCCUCUGUCCAGCCCCGCCACCUCCUCGCCCUCUGGAAACGCCUACUCCAACCUGGCCAAUCGCAGCACUGCUUUUGAUGUGUCGGGUGAGAGCAGCCAGAGUGGAGGACAGUUCCAGGGCCGGCCGUCUGAGGUCUGGUCUCAGUGGCAGAGUCAACACCACAGCCAGCAGGGAGGAGACCCGCAUCCUCAUCCUCAUCCUCAGUCCAGCCAGACCGAGGUCUUCCAGGAUAUGCUGCCGAUGCCUGGUGAUCCCACCCAAGGAGCAACCAAUUACAACAUCGAAGACUUUGCCGACCUCGGCAUGUUCCCUCCGUUCUCUGAGUAAUCUGAGAUUCUUUUGUUAGUUAGUUUGUUUGUAUUGGUUCGGACUGCAGUAUCUUCAUCUCACAUGUGACACGCAUGACGCUGCUGAAACACAUGAAGAGUUUCACACACACACACACACACACACACACACACACAUUCUUGACUUGAUCACUUGUACACAAACCGUUAGAAACACACAGCGCUAAGAGCAAAAUAAAUAUAUUCCCAGUCUUGAUGCUCUUCUUUCAUUUAACCAUCAUGUGAUGAUUAACUGCUGCCAUUAGCACAAAAAAAUGUACGCAAACAUCAUUUACAAAAUACAUUUGCAUUUACAGCCAAUUUUGUGAGCAGUAAAUGUGCAAGAUUAUUUAUGCAAAGGCAUAAUUUACUUCUAAUAAAGCAGCAUCAAUAUUAAGCCUAAAAUUCGUAGAUAGCAGGCAAAUUAAUGCCUGGAUUGGGCAAAAUGUGAAUAUGACACGGGAU